GCCUUCCAUAUCCUGACAGCAGCUGCGACGUUCUGUGGACAUGUUCAGAGCAACACUUCAGAGGACCUGUGGUUCUGUUCUGAAUACUUCACGAUGGCGAUACUGUGUCCGGCCGCAUUGUCCUUCGCCACGAGCUCUCUCUCUCGGAUGGCGGCAAAGGCGAGCUUUGCGAAGAAGCAAAAGGGGAACGUUCUGUUCCUUCUUCUGGUGACCAACGUGGCGAUCCUACUGGCAUCUUGCUUCGCUUGUAUUUACAUGGUGCGCGCCGGUACCAUGCUUUUGCAGCAGGCGUACCGACAGGAGUAUUUUCCGUGGGGCCUGAAGUGGCUUGUCGACAUGAUGAGGAUGCAAGGACUGGUCGCAGCGGGGGUGCUGGUUCCUUCGCUGGUGGUCCUGAUGGGGAGCGACGUCGGCGCAACGUUUCGUGCUUUCAGGCUCCACUGGCGAGGCACGACGGAGGCCCGAAAAGCCUUCACCGGCGGUGUCUGCGUGGCUUGAAGUGGGACCUGUCGAACUUCAGCGAAUUAUCCCCCCUCUACUUAUGUAUCUUGCUUCCAGUGUUCUUCGCGAUGCUAGGCAAGGAUGGGCGUAAGCCGGCCGGUACGCAUUUUGCGAUCGAAAUAAAAGAACAC